GCGGGGGCCGCGCUGUGCAGGGCGUGCCGGCAGGGCCAGGGCGCCGAGGCCAUCCGCUUGGUGGAGGGCUUCCCCGAGGAGGCCCGGGCAGCGAUGAGGCUCCCGCUGAGCGGCGGGGGCCUCUCGCCUCUGGCCUGGGCCGCCUACCGCGACCUGCCGGAAGUGGUGGACCUGCUGCUGCAGCGCUUCCCGGCCGAGGCCCCGCUCUCCGCCGAACGCGCGCUGUUCCAGGCCUGCCACCUGAAGCGCACGGACGUGUGGCGCCUGCUGGCCGGCGCCUUCCCCGAGGCGGCCCGCCGCGGGGCCGGCGUGCACCUGGUCGAGGCCAGCCGCGCGGGCAACCUCGAAGUCGCCCUGCUGCUGGCGCGCAGGUUUCCAGAGGAGGCAGGGGCCUCCGCCGCUCGCGCGCUCGCCGAGGCCUGCUGGAGCGGCCACGCCCAGCUCGCGCUGAGCCUCCUCGACGACUUCCCCGCCGAGGCCCGAGCGGCGCUCGGCGGCGCCGCCCCGGCGGGCCGGUCGCCGCUGCACGGCGCGUGCCGGCAGGGGCUGUCCAGGGUGGCGCGGGCGCUGCUGGAGCGGUUCCCAGAGGAAGCCGUGGCGGCGCUGUCCAGGGAGGAUGAUGGCGGGCGGACGCCCGUGUCGUGGGCGCUGGGGAGCGGCAACGACGAUCUGGUCUCGCUGCUGCUGCAGAAGUUCCCCUCCGGCCACGUCCGCACUGCAGCCAAGGAGGAAGACGAGGAAGAGGCCGUGGACGAGAGGCCCGAAAUGAUGCAGGCAGCUGGCCUGGCUGGCCUGGAGAGGUCGGGCUACCGCACGGUGGGGAGCCACAGCGCGGUGAAGCAGUGCCGCUGGACCAAGAACGCCCUCCGGGGGCAGGGCCAGUGCUACAAGCACACGUUCUACGGCAUCAACUCGCACCAGUGCAUGGAGGCCACGCCGAGCCUCGCCUGCGCGAACAAGUGCGUCUUCUGCUGGCGCAACCACAAGAACCCCGUGGCGACCUCGUGGAAGUUCAAGGAAGACGACCCCGAGUGGAUCGUCCAGGAGAGCGUCGAGCGCCACUGCGAGCUCGUCGCGGAGGCCGCCGCCUCCCCGCACGCCCUGCCGGAACGCGUGCUGGAGGCGCGCACGGUGCGGCACACGGCCCUCUCCCUGGUCGGGGAGCCGGUGCUGUACCCGCAGAUCGAGGAGUACCUGGCGGCCCUCCACCGAAGGAGGAUCUCGACGUUCUUGGUCACCAACGGGCAGUUCCCGGAGCAGUUGCGGGGUCUGCCGCAGGUGACGCAGCUGUACGUCUCGGUGGACGCCCCGGACCCAGAGGAGCUGAAGGCGGUGGGAAGGCCGCUCUUCAGGGACUACUGGGAGCGCCUGCGUGAGUCCCUCCGCAUCCUGGCCGAGAAGGGGUCGCGCCAGCGCACCGUGUGCCGCCUGACGUGCCUGAAGGGCAGGAACAUGGAGGAGGACGCCUACGACGGGUACGCCGAGCUGAUUGCGGCGUCGGACUGCGACUUUGUGGAGAUCAAGGGCGCCACCUUCGCCCCAGUGUUCGAGCAGGACAAGUCCGGGCUGUCCCGCGACUCCACGCCCAGCCACGCGGACGUCCGGAGCUUCGCGCGGGGCUUGGCGUCACGGCUGCCUGGCUACGGGCUGGCGUGCGAGCACGAGCACAGCUGCGCGGUGCUGCUGGCGCACCGCGCGCGGUUCUGCGGCCCCGGGGGGCGGUGGCGCACGUGGAUCGACUUCGACAGGUUCGCGGACGCGAGCGCCGAGGGCCGGCAGUUGGAUGUCGAGGAGUUUGCGCUGGAGACGCCGGACUGGGCGCUCGCCAGGGACAGCUUCGUGCCCGGCAACUUCGAGCAGCCCGGGGCCUUCGGGCACAAGAUGAUGGGCGACGUCGCCGUGCUGUCGCCCGGGGGCGGGCCGGCAGAGGAGGCCGCUGCGGCCGCGGAGCUGCUGAGGCGCCCCAGCGUGCGCUCCGUGGCGGCGCUGGUGCCGGCGGACGGCCACCGCGGCGCAAGGGCGAGGCAUGUUGCGGGGGACCCGAACCUGGAGAUCUUGUACCAGGAGUUCGGGCUCCGCUUCCGCCUGGACCUGUCCCGCCAGCUGAGCCGCCUGAGCAGGAGCCAGGGCGGGGUCGACGAGCGGCAGCGCCUGCGCAGCCUGGUGCAGCCCGGGGAGCGCAUCCUGGUCCUCUGUUCGCGCUUCGGGGUCACCUCGUGCCUGCUGGGCAGGCGGGAGCCUCUUGCCUCGGGCACGGGACGAGGCACUAUCUAA